AUGGACAUCAACGCGCUUCUCGAUCACAUCCACGUGGUACAGGAUCAGCUUUGGGUUGACAAGGUGAAUGAGGCCCAUAUAACAGGCCGUCUCUGCCAGUGGGUAUCGACUUUCCAUCCACAUAACCUUCCCUGCGUACUUGACGGUACCUUUCACCAUGGCGCAUUCAAUGCCGGUAUGAAGAUGGUCUUCACUGAUAGCACGGCCUGGAUGGUUCGCUUCCCUCGUUUUGGGAUGGUCUGCGAAGACCACGCCGAUGAGAAGGUUGCUAUAGAGGUGUCGGCCCUGAAUAUCAUCCGCAAUCGGACUACUAUUCCCGUCCCAACGGUCCAGGCUUGGGGUCCGGCUGCUAGUAACAAACUUGGUCUAGGCCCGUUUAUUAUAAUGGACUUCAUCAACGGUGUGAGCCUUAGCAGCCUUCUCCAGAAACCCAACGCGGAGCAACCUAGCAGAGUUAUAAGGGACGAUAUCAGCGACAGUGAUAUUGAGGUUAUUUAUACGCAGUUGGCGAAUUUUCUGCUCCAACUUUUCGACCUAGAUUUCGACCAGAUCGGUAGCAUACCAUCGCCAGAGGCUGAAACUCAAAGCCCCACACCACCACGGCCAUUAGCAUUUAAGGCACAAACUAUCCUACAAAACGGAGGAGUCGAUACUUUCGGUGAUCGAACCAAAGGGUUUACGACGACAACCGAAUAUUUUCAAUAUGUCGUCGGGCAGGAUUGGAAGCAGCUCGUUUACCAACCAAACUCAACUGUUGGUUUCUAUGACGCUCAAAACAAAUAUGUCGCCUUUAAAGUUCUAGAGAGUCUGAUACCAGAAUUUAUCAACGCAAAGUAUGACCGUUGCAAGUUCAAACUAAUCUGCGACGACCUCGGCUUAGCAAAUCUGAUUGUUCGUGGUACGGAAGAUCUCACUGUCGUUGGAUUAGUGGACCUUGAGUGGUCAUAUAUCGGACCCGCCCAACUUUUUGGCUCGGCGCCAAGAGGAAGAAUCAAAGAUGCAAGGACACAAAGAGAGAGAGCGAGAGAGCUCUCCAGUCUUGUUAAGUGGUCACAAGCCUCCGGGGCUAUGUGGCUGCACAUGCUUCUCUCAUCUGGCUUUAACGAUGACUACAGCUUUCCUUUUACGCAGCUGCGCGCACAUGUGGGGGCUGCUGAAUGGGCAAGACGCGGGAUGGAAUUCGACAACCAAAAAGAGCUUGAGGAAUUCGCGGAGCGGAAGGUGAGGGAGAUGGAUAUAUAUGAAGAAGCCUUGGAGGAGGUAGAAGAGAGCAGGGCACUUGUGGACAGCGGAGAUAUGUCAAGGGAGGAUUUCAUUGCCAAAUACGAACAGCGUCACCUAUGA